AUGCCUUCGGCAUCUACUGGCCCGACGGCAAACACAGGUCAGCCUUCGGCAUCCACCUAUGACCGUUUCCCGCUACAUCAGACCGCUAAUCAAGCUCCCUGCCGAAUGGCACCCACUGUACCCGCACCUUACAUAACCGGGGACAAGCGAAGGGACUCGUUCCAGGGUCGGCAGGACGGAGGCAAACGCAACAAGGAGUCGGGUGGCCGAAACUUCCGAAGCACCAAAAGCGACCGACCGCUAGAGGUCUUCACCAUUCUCAAUUCGACCUACGAACACUUCCUUCUGGCCGAAAAUCAAAUGAUUCCAAAGCCAAGCCUCCGGAAGCUCCCUCGGCAACUCGACAAGGACACCGGAGUCUUCUACCGAUACCACCAGUACAAUGGCCACGAUAUCGAAUCCUGCAUCGCCCUCCGAAGGAUCGUUGAGAAACUGAUCAGCGAGGGCAAACUAGACCAGUAUUUAAAUGCGUAA